UUCAAUUACUUAUUAUAUUGUAGAAAAACAACAAUAGAGGAAUUUAAAAAAAAAUAUGCAAUAAAUAUUUAGAAAUUAUUUGUAAUUAAAUAAAUAAUAUAUUUAUAAAAUAAAUUGUUAUAAAGUGUAAAGAAACCUAAGAAUGGCAUUCGCUGCAUCAAAAAACUUAAAUCGUCUGUCUCAAAUACAAUUAAAACCAAUUUUAUCAAGGUUUUACAGUUUAUAUGAACCUGAUUAUUUAAAGGCUUUAAAACCUAAAAUUCCAAUUUAUCCGACAAUAAAUUUACAAAUUAGAGGAUACGACUUUCCUGUUGUGGAAAAAUAUCAAGGAUUCGUUCACAAAUUUGUUGAUCAAUUGGAUAUAGAAGUUGAGGAAAGUUGGGCUUUGCCGCCAAGAGAAUAUCAUAUUAAAAAAUAUAAACCAAGAAGCACUUUUUUAGAUGAUGAAUACAAAUUUAAUAUUUACGAAAGAAAUAUUCAAAUGUCAAAUAUAACAUCAAUAACAUUACCAAUUUUAAUGAGAAUUUUAGAAGCAACAUUACCAAUGGGAGUUAAUAUUGUUGUGGAUAAUUUUGAUCCAAAUAAAGAAUUAACUCGUUUUAUUCCCGAUACGGAUUUAAUUAAAUUAAAAGAUGAACUCGCUGAAACUAUUAAAAAUAAAGAAUAAAUAAAAAUUUCAUUUAUAUGGAAAAAAAAUU